AUGUUCAGCCGUAUCUGGAGCCGCACCAGCCGGUCAUCAACCAGGCUCCCGGCAGCUUGGAGAACCCCUGCAACGCGAAGCCCUCACGCGUUCUUCACCCCGCGUCUCGCGCCGUCGGCAGCAGCAAACGGGGGCGGUCGCUCAGGCUGGCGGGACGGAAGAACGAAGACGCUCCGCGCCAGCGCCGUCUACCCCGCCAUCGUCGUGUCGCUCGGCGCCAUCUUCUUCACCGACUACGCCUGGCCCAUAUACGCCGAAACGAAGGACGAGACCGGGAAGCGCCGCAUCGAGCGCGUCCUAUGGGCUCUGCAGUCCUCCAAGACCGGCAGCCGCUAUCGCGAGAUGCUCUGGGGCACGGCCCAGGAGCUCCUGAGCGAAUAUUUCGGCGGCCUGGAGACCUCUACGUCGCCUGCUCGGAUGUGGACUUCCCCGGUCUGCCGGACAGCGCUCGAGAGUGCCAUGAGGAAAAGCAUGGAGAGGGUGCCCACCCACCGCGCCGUGGGCUGCAUCCUGUACGAGACAGGGUCGCUCGUUCUGUACUAUGACGGCACGCGUUUCAUGGUCAUCAAAUUGAUGGAGCAUUUCCUGAUAGAAACAUUGACGGGCAUGAAAACCAUGGCGGACGCAAAGCGCCAGCAACAGAAUCCCCAGGGACGCAAACUGUUUCGGCUCUUCCAGUAG